AUGGAAAUUGACCAGCAAGGCGACCGGUGGAGAGGACCGGAACAAAACCCUGCAGAGAGGCGUGGCAAUCAGCCAGCAGGGUGGCUGGCAGAGAGGAGCAGAGCAGAGCCCAGCAAAGAGGUGCGGCAAUCGGCCAGCAGGGCGGCUGGCAGAGACGUGAGGGGAUCGGCCAGCAGGGUGGCUGAAGAAGAGGAUUGGAGUGGAGCCCGGCGGAGAGGCAUGGUGAUCGGCCAGGCAGGGCAGCCAGUGAAGCAGAGCAGUGAGCGAGUGUCCGGGCAGCAGAGUGAGUUAGAUGCCUUCUUAUCCCGCCCCUCCCCCAAAAGAGAAACACUACUUCUCAGAAUUAGCAAUGGUGACGAAGAAGAGAUGUUAGUAUGUGAAGGAGAUUUAGAGCAUAAACCUUUUGAUGGAUUACCAUACUCAUCUCAUUAUAAACUUUUGAAAGAAAGAGAGGAACUUCCAUUUUGGAGUGAUUAUGCUUCCAUGGAGAGUCUUCUUCGUAAUCAAAUUGUGAUUGUUUCAGGAGAUGCUAAGAGUGGCAAAAGUUCCCAAGGGGUGUAUUCUUCUCUUCCCCAAUGGUGUGCUAAGUACUGUCUUUCUUCCCACAAGCAGACAGCAAUGCGGCUGGCACUACAUGUAGUUGAUGAGAUGAAUGUCAAUACUUGCCAUGAAGUGGGUUAUGUUGUCCCAUUUGAGAGCUGCUGUACCACUGAAACAGUUCAGAGAUAUUGUACACAUGAUAUACUACAGAGAGAAAUGAUGUCCACUAUUCUUCUGAGCUGCUAUGGACUCAUCUUAGAUGAAGUGCAUGAAAGAACAGUUGCAACUGAUAUAUUACUUGGAGUUCUUAAAGAUGUUUUCAUAUCAAUAUCAGCGCUGAAGCUGGUAAUAGUUAUAUCUCUUCACAUAUCCAGCAAAUGUCAGACUUAUUAUGGUAGCAUCCCCCUCAUAAGAGUGGAAAACAAACACUGUGCAGAAGUUGUGUACGCCUGCAGCAUUCAAAAAGACCAUUUCCUGUUUGCUUUAAAAUUGCUCUUUGAGAUACAUCAUACAAAAAAGAGAGAUGAUAUUGUGAUCUCUCCAGCAUGUGAACAAGUAAGCCAAAGAAAAAACCGCUGCAAAAAUUACAGAAGAAAAGUGCUAUUAACCAUGAGCUUUGGAGAGUUUUUGGUCUGGAUUCAUACUGUAAACUUUGCAAUUGACAUUAGUGUGGAGAGAAGAAAUGUAUGCAGUCCUAGAAUCAGGCUGCAUUACAAGAGAGUCUGCUCUACCAAUAAAAGCCAAGAAGAUCUGUGCAAGCAAAUUCUGGGCACGUCUUCAUCAGAGAGAAUCACUCACACAAAAUUAAAUAAUAAAUUUAAUAUAUACAAUACUACAAAAAGCAAGAUAAUUUUCUCAGAUCACUAUACUCUUACCAAUGUCUACAAGGCCUACAAAGAAACGAGCACAAACUCCACAAGCCAAUACUACAAUGUUGAGAAAUGGUGUCAUGUUUAUUUCUUAAGCUGUUCUGCACUGAGGAGGGCAGAAGUUAUCAGAGCUGAACUGGCAGAGAUUGUGAAAUGUAUUGAACUUCCCAUUUCAGAACCUGACUUUGAAUCAAAAAAAAACAUGUUAAGCAUAAAGAAAGCUCUCUUAUUGGGUUACUUUAUACAAGCACCUCAAUAAUAUUUUAACAAUCUGCCUCAUAGUGAAAGCAAGGAGAUUCUGCAUGAAGUAAUCAAUCAUUUAUCACCUGUUUCAACAAUGAAAGAGGAACACUAA